AUGCACUUAGUUCACAGGAGCAGGAACAUCCAAAUAAAAGUAAAUAAGGCAGUGCAGACUGACCUUCCUCUGUUCUCCAGGGAGAAGAAGCUGCUAGUGAGCUCUGAGGACUAUGGCCGAGAUCUCACAGGCGUGCAGAACCUGAGGAAGAAGCACAAACGGCUAGAGGCAGAACUGGCUGCACACGAGCCAGCCAUUCAGGGUGUCCUGGACACUGGGAAGAAGCUGUCCGAUGACAAUACCAUUGGGCAGGAGGAGAUCCAGCAGCGCCUGGCUCAGUUCGUGGAGCACUGGAAGGAGCUGAAGCAGCUGGCAGCCGCGCGGGGUCAGCGGCUAGAGGAAUCCUUAGAGUAUCAGCAGUUUGUAGCUAAUGUAGAAGAGGAAGAAGCCUGGAUCAAUGAGAAAAUGACACUGGUGGCCAGCGAAGAUUAUGGGGACACACUUGCUGCUAUCCAGGGCUUACUGAAGAAACAUGAAGCUUUCGAGACAGACUUCACUGUCCACAAAGAUCGUGUGAAUGACGUCUGCACGAAUGGGCAAGACCUCAUUAAGAAGAACAAUCACCACGAAGAGAACAUCUCUUCCAAGAUGAAGGGCCUGAGUGGGAAGGUGUCCGAUCUUGAGAAAGCUGCCGCCCAGAGGAAGGCAAAGCUGGAUGAGAACUCGGCCUUCCUCCAGUUCAACUGGAAGGCUGAUGUCGUGGAGUCCUGGAUCGGUGAAAAGGAGAACAGCUUGAAGACAGAUGAUUAUGGCCGAGAUCUGUCUUCAGUCCAGACUCUCCUCACCAAGCAGGAAACAUUUGAUGCUGGCCUGCAGGCCUUCCAACAGGAAGGUAUUGCCAAUAUCACUGCCCUCAAAGAUCAGCUGCUGGCCGCCAAGCACAUCCAGUCUAAGGCCAUUGAGGCCCGGCACGCCUCCCUCAUGAAGAGAUGGAGCCAGCUGCUGGCCAACUCAGCCACACGGAAGAAGAAGCUGCUCGAGGCCCAGAGUCAUUUCCGUAAGGUGGAGGACCUCUUCCUGACCUUCGCCAAAAAGGCUUCUGCCUUCAACAGCUGGUUUGAAAACGCAGAGGAGGACUUGACAGAUCCAGUGCGCUGCAACUCCCUGGAAGAAAUCAAAGCCUUGCGCGAGGCCCAUGAUGCUUUCCGCUCCUCCCUCAGCUCUGCACAGGCUGACUUCAACCAGCUGGCCGAGCUAGACCGCCAGAUCAAGAGCUUCCGUGUGGCCUCCAACCCUUAUACCUGGUUCACCAUGGAGGCCUUGGAGGAGACAUGGAGAAACCUGCAGAAAAUCAUCAAGGAGCGGGAGCUGGAGCUGCAGAAGGAGCAGCGACGGCAGGAGGAGAAUGACAAGCUGCGUCAGGAGUUUGCCCAGCAUGCCAAUGCCUUCCACCAGUGGAUCCAGGAGACCAGAACAUACCUCCUCGAUGGCAUAGCAUAUCGCCGGGUCAUUCGUGUCUAUCAGUAUGAAGUUGGGGAUGAUCUGUCUGGAAGGUCCUGCAUGGUGGAAGAAUCAGGAACUCUCGAGUCCCAGCUCGAAGCUACCAAACGCAAGCACCAGGAGAUUCGAGCCAUGAGAAGCCAGCUCAAGAAGAUUGAGGACCUGGGGGCUGCCAUGGAGGAAGCCCUCAUUCUGGACAACAAGUACACGGAGCACAGCACUGUGGGCCUGGCCCAGCAGUGGGACCAGCUGGACCAGCUGGGCAUGCGCAUGCAGCACAACCUGGAGCAACAGAUUCAGGCCAGGAACACCACAGGCGUGACCGAAGAAGCCCUCAAGGAAUUCAGCAUGAUGUUCAAACACUUCGAUAAGGACAAGUCUGGCCGGCUGAACCACCAGGAGUUCAAGUCCUGCCUGCGCUCCCUGGGCUAUGACCUCCCCAUGGUGGAGGAAGGGGAACCUGACCCGGAGUUUGAGGCUAUCCUAGACACUGUGGAUCCCAACAGGGACGGCCACGUCUCCCUGCAAGAGUACAUGGCCUUCAUGAUCAGCCGUGAAACCGAGAACGUCAAGUCCAGCGAGGAGAUUGAGAGUGCUUUCCGGGCCCUCAGCUCCGAGGGGAAGCCUUAUGUGACCAAGGAGGAGCUCUACCAGAACCUGACCCGGGAACAAGCCGACUACUGCGUCUCCCACAUGAAGCCCUACGUGGAUGGCAAGGGCCGCGAACUCCCUACUGCCUUCGACUAUGUCGAAUUUACCCGCUCGCUCUUUGUGAAUUGAUCCUCAGCUCUUAGGCUAGCCUGUCCCACACCGCUUGCCCUGCUGUCGCCUUGCUGCAUGUCAACUCCUCUGUGCUCUCCAGGAGAAUAUUCCAGACAGUGUUACUUUCCAGUGUAACCGUAGCCUGCUUAGCUUGGGUAAGACUUAGUAGAAAAUGGUGCUUCAAUAAACCGCUUCUGGUCCAGUCACAAUCGCCAUGUUGCUUUGGGGACCCAGCUCUGUGUCUUCAGCCAGCUACCCUCAUUCCAACAGAAAAAAAUCUAAGCAGCUCAUUUCCCUUCUUCUCCCUCCCUGCCCCCAAUUUUCUGUUUUCACGUAAAAGACAAAUAAAGG